AUUAUUUACCGUGUUAAUGUUUAUAGACAUUACAUUAAUAAUAUUAUUAUUUUUUACUUCUUAAUAAUAAUUUGUCCAGAAUCUCGGAUUAUUGAUUUUAGACGUCUACGCCACUACGUCGCCGAAUCGACGUCAAUCACCAGCGACCAGCCCCAGAUAUAAUGGGCAAGUCGUCUAAGGAUAAGCGUGACAUAUAUUACCGGCUGGCCAAGGAACAGGGCUGGCGGGCUCGGAGCGCGUUCAAGCUGAUUCAAAUCAACAGCCAGUUCAAUGUGCUGGAUGGCGUCAAGCGGGUGGUGGACUUGUGCGCAGCCCCGGGAAGCUGGAGUCAGGUGUUGAGCAAGGCACUGUAUUCUGACAGCGACGACAAGGACGAAGUGAAGAUCGUCGCGGUUGACCUGCAGUCGAUGGCCCCGUUGCCCGGUGUCGUGCAGCUGAAGGGCGACAUUACCAAGGAGAGCACCGCCAACGAGAUUCUCGCUCAGUUUGAUGGCGGCCAGUUGGUAGACCUGGUCGUGUUCGACGGUGCACCAGACGUCACCGGACUGCACGAUCUGGAUGAGUAUGUGCAGGCGCAGCUGUUGCUGGCUGCCUUGAACAUCACCACUUACCUGCUCAAGCCUGGSGGCACAUUUAUCGGCAAGAUAUUCCGCGGCAAGGACUCGUCACUACUCAUCUCCCAGCUCGAGAUAUUCUUCGGUGAUGUAGUUGUCGCCAAGCCUUGCAGUUCGCGCAACUCCAGCAUYGAGUCAUUUGUCGUUUGCCGAGAUUUCCGGCUACCUGAUGGCUACAAGCCCACUAUGGCUAAUCCGCUGAUGACCAAUGACUCUCUGUCCUGGGACGAGAUGGAUGUGCAUAGAGUCAUCACGCCGUUCGUUGCUUGCGGUAGUUUAAGUGGCUUUGACGCUGACAAGACUUAUCCUUUGGAAAUUGACGGCCUUCAAUACAUACAGAGAAAUCCUGUGCAAGGGCCGAUUGCGCCACCAUACGAAAAGUCAAAGCCAUUAAUAACUACAAAGGGCAUGAGUGUUAUCCAGACACCUAUUGACCAAGGUGCCUCUGCUGAACAACUAUUGGACUGAUUUUUAUGUCACCAUAACAUUUUGUAAAUUAAUUUAUGUAAUGUAUCUUAUAAUACAUUAAUACCUAUGAUAUUAUUCUUUACUUGUAUUCAUUUCUGCAACCUGUAAUAAAAUCUAAAAGUAAAUUAUACUGGUAAUACAAUUUUAAAACUGAACAGGGUAACCUUAUAAUUGUGAUUUACAAAAGUAACCAGAUUACUUAUAAUUUAUUACUAUGUAUAAUUUAUAACCAUAAGACUUUUGUGAUCUAGUAUUUAUUUAAUAAAAAUGUAAUGUAGCUUAUUAAAUGUUUUUCCUCUGUAAGAAAAAUUGAGUAAUCAUAAGUAUGUUUUUUAGUAUAAUGUAGUGGGAAAAAAUCC